AUGGCCCGUUCGACGAGACCUGUCAUCCGAGACCCAUCGCCACUGCCGGUGCAAAGGAGUAACCGUCGGCAAGCCGCUACUUCAUCUUUGCGAUGUACAAGCGAUCCCGAGUGGGUGGUCCUCACAGCCAACAACCCAUCAUCGUCUCCCCCGUCUUCACCAUCGCCACCCAGACCACGGCUGGUUACGACAUUCAUCACCGAUUCUUCGCCUAGGGCUAAGCGAAUAACGAGGCGACCGUCGUCUUCGCCACCAAUCGCCGACUCUCUACCCACAUCUUCGCCACCAAUCGUCGAAGCUCCUCCAUCCUCACCACCUGCUGUCACCAACACCCCUGCUCAUACCCCAACCAAUUUGCCAGCAAAAGAAAACCCUAACUUGGGUAUUGAGGUAAAUCCUAUUUUGAGCCCUAAUUUCUUGGUGGAGGGACUUACUGCUUCUGAUUCCUCUGAGGGAGAAGAAGAUUUCAUGCAAAUGAAAAUACCAUCCCCCACUAAUUUCAAUGACACAAAAGUUUAUCUUUUGACUUGGUCUGAUCAUCACACCACUCAUGAACCUACAACUAUGGCCGAUUCUGCUCCUCACACUGUUGAGGAAGAACAUUUUGAGUUUGAUCAUGAAAGAGGGAGCUGGUGGUAA